GGCAUCAUGGGGGAAAAGAAAGCGUGGAACUAUUCAUUCGAGCUUCUCUAUGGUUUUGUCGGAUUGUGGAGGGACAUGGUGGUGACGAUCCUAAAGAUAGCACUGCCUAUAUGAUAGCUUUUGUGCAAAUUUGCUUCAUCAGAUGGUUGGUCUUGCAAUGCCAAGGCUUUUGAGACUUUUUGGAACUGCCUUCUUUCACGACUUGGGUGA